CCGAAACUAUCCCAACUGUUGUAGAAAGAGAAACCCUCAGAGUAGGGUUUUAGAUUUCAUUCUGAGUCUCAGCAGCCAACAGCCAACAGGCAACAGUCGAGUGCUUCUUGUUGAUAAUCUCGAUCAAAAAGCUUUCAGUAUAUCAAAUCUCUAGCAUUUCAUCUGAUUAACAAUGGCCUCACUUGGCGCUAGGUCUGUUUUCCGGUCAUUUUCCGGUUCCGCACGCCGUGCUGCUGCUCAUAUCGGUUCUGAAGCCCGGGCGUCAAGCUCUCCCUUUCGCAUGGCAACUAACAAGCCCCUCUCUCAUCGAACUUUCAGGUGUGCAGCUGAGAUGAGCUUCUGUUUGGAGUCGAUGAUGCCGUUUCACUCUGCGUCGUCGUCAGCUUUGAUGACUUCAAUGCUCUCUAUUUCGCGUAACAGCUGUGGUUGGCUUCCCGAAGCAUGCAAUGAUGAUCUGUGAUUAAUGACAAAAGGAAUCGAGGAAGUUCUCUAUGCAACUCACCAUACGGACAGUGACUUCUAUUAUUUCUUAGAAGCUUCCAAGCUCCAAUUGGUGGCUAGUGAAGAGUUGAGCUUCCAAACCAAUGGCAAUGGUUGAUUGUUAUUUGAAGACUAGUCUAAGUUUUUAAUGCUCAAAAUGUUCAUCAUAGGCUUGAUGCUUUAUGUAGUACAGGCUUAUUGUUAACAUUUAUAUGUGAAUGUGAUUCAUAUAAACUUUUUCAUUGAAUGUUCAUUGAGAAAUUGAAAGCUUCGUUUUUGCUGGAAAAGUGGGUUUGUACUUUGUAGGAGCUUCAACAAAAGUUCCUUCAACUUUAAUAGGAGUGUCUUGAUUGAGAUAUCAAAAUGAAAAUUUUUCUUUUACCCCAUUGGUCAA